AUGGCAGAAGAAUUCCAAGAGUCCGACGUGUUUUGGCCGGAGCAAUCCUACCGGAGAGAGGAUCGGCUUUACCGCAGUGUUUUCCAAGACGAGAACUUCAACAACAACAACAACAACAGCAACUAUGCUGCUGCUCAGCAGAAUUCAGGUCAACUGCGGAAGAAGAAGAAGAAGAGCAAGCGGAGCAACUCAUCUCAUUCCCUUCCGGUUACCAUCCCUUGCAACUUGAACCAAGGGAGUGAUAAUAACAAUUCGUCAUUUCAUUACUGGGAUUCUAAUGAGAGUGACGACGAACUUGAUGAUGCAGAGAUGGUGCCUCCUCACUUGAUGGUCGCCGGCAGAUUGACAGAUCAGAUGGCCUUCUCUGUUUGUACAGGUAAUGGGAGAACUCUCAAAGGUCGUGAUUUGAGCCGAUUCAGGAACUCCAUUCUCAGAAUGACUGGUUUCCUCGAGACGUAA